AUGGUCGAAAGUCAAGAACAAGGUCCAUAUUAUCAAUUAAAUGAUACAAAAAAUCCUGACCUAUUACGUGAACGUCAAUCAGCAACAUUCGAUGUUGAAGAACUUACACAAUUUGUAUUCGGAGGUCCAAACAGCUAUUUUAAUGUAAAUAGACGACGUCAACUUACUCGGCUAGCUUAUGCACAUCCAGUUCAUGAUACUCAUUUACCAAUCGAAUAUCUAGAUGCGGAUGAUUAUUAUUCUGUACUUAUUCGUAAAAGUUUCAUUGCUAUUAAAGAAGCUGAACGUUACGGUAUAACAGAUAGAAAACUUCUUGGUUGGUUUGUAAGUGUUUUUACAAAUGGACGAUUUAUGUUUGGUUUACAUACAAGUAUGUUUCUUCAUACACUUGAAACAAUGGCUAGUGAUGAACAACAAGAAAAAUUUCUACCACUUGCACGUUCAUUUCAAAUUAUUGGUACUUAUGCUCAAACUGAAUUAGGCCAUGGUUCAAAUUUACAACGAUUAGAAACUGAAGCUGUUUUUGAUAUAAAUACUGAUACAUUUGUACUUAAUACUCCAACUAUAACAGCAACAAAAUUUUGGCCUGGUGCAUUAGGUCGAUCAACAAAUUAUGUUUUAUUAAUGGCACAAUUAUUUACACCAGAUCGAAAUCAUCCAGCCGGUUUACAAAUGUUUUUUGUUCAAAUUCGAGAUUUAAAUACACAUGAACCAUUACCAGGUGUGGAACUCGGAGAAAUUAGUACACGAUUUGGACAUGAAGUUGGUGAUAACGGAUAUCUUCGAUUACAUAAUGUACGAAUUCCACGAAAUCAUAUGCUUAUGAAAUUAGCUUAUGUUGAUGAACAAGGUACUUUUCAUCGACUUGGUGAUCCACGUCUUCUUUAUGGUACAAUGCUUGCUACACGUGUUAAUCUUUGUGCUUAUUUUUCAAUAUUACUUGCUCGUGCUAUUACAAUCGCAAUGCGAUAUUCAGCUGUUCGACGUCAAGGACAAAAUCCUAAUGGAAAAGAAACAUUAAUUCUUGAUUAUCCAUUACAACAAGAAAAAUUAGUACCAUGUAUAGCUACAAAUUAUGCAUUCUUUUAUGCUUUUAUUAAACUUGAAAAUCUUCGUCGAGAAAUUCUCGACAGUGAUACAAUCUUAUUUGAACUAUUACCCGAACUUCAUGCAGUAUCAUCUGGUUUAAAAGCAUAUAUGUCAUCCAUAGGUGAACGAUUUUCACAAACGUGUCGUGUUGCUUGUGGUGGUCAUGGAUAUUUAGUAGCAAGUGGAAUCAAAGGUUUAAAUAAUCAGCUUGAUGCAGGAUGUACUUAUGAAGGUGAUAAUUCCGUAUUAUAUCAACAAACAGCUAGAUAUCUUUUAAAAGUUAUGCAACAACUUGAUGAAAUUAGUGAAAUGGAAACGGAAUCAUCAAUUAAAUUUUUAUAUUCAACAACAACACCACCAGCAACUAUUAUUAAUCUUGAUGAUUAUUGUCGUUUAUUCGAAUGUCGAUCACAAAUGCUCUUAAAAUCAAUGUCUAAUCGAUUGAGUGAAUCAGAAGCAUCAACUUAUAAUAAAUUUUCAAAGAAUUCUAUUGAACUCGUACAUAUUUCAAAAGCUUUUAUUGAAACAGUUGUUUUACGAGCAUUUUAUGAUGGUGUACGUAAAGCAUCUGAACAUAAAUCGUUCGGACCUGUUUUUGAACAACUUUUUCAUGUAUUUGCAAUUCAUACAUUACGAAAUUCAGCAACUGAUUUUAUUCGAUUAAAAUUACUUACAGCUGAUCAAAUUUAUCAAUUAGAAACUUUUAAUUUACCAGAUAUGUAUGCACGACUUCGACCAAAUCUUAUUUCACUUGUCGAUGCUUUUGAUUUUCAUGAUAAUGAACUUAAUUCAUGUCUUGGUCGUUAUGAUGGUCAAGUUUAUGAAGCAUUAAUGGAACGAGCCCGACUUAAUCCAACAAAUCGACAUAAAGUUCAUCCAGUUUGGAAAUCAAUUAAACAAGAGACAAAAUCAAAACUAUAA